AUGCGUGAUGAAUCACGCUUCCUUUCCAAACUAACAGUCAAGUCUGGUCUGCUUAUGCUUUUCUUGAGUUGCGUCGCUUUCAGUUAUGCGGAAUGUGCUUGGCAAGUACCAAAACUUAUCGAUGAACUAACAAUUCGUGUGCCCAUGUACACCACUGUUCAAGCAUAUUUGGAUUUGGAUCAUAUGGGACCCAGUUUUACAGCUUUGGGAAAUGUCAUCCUCAUUAAGUCUAGCUGCAUCGGUUCGAUGUCACAGUAUAAUUUUAAAACAUGCUCGUAUGCUCCUGUUGUGAAGGGUACUACUAUAGUUGGUUGGACGGAUGAAUUGGACAGCUCUCCGCUGAUUAUCAAAAAGAAAUUCCCGAAAGAUUUUUGGCCCACAUUCAAAUGGGGACGAAAAGGAUACAUGCAAACACGUUGGAAGUUGAACAACAUAGUGCUGGACUUUGUCAACGUUCACCUAUUCCAUGAUGAAUCGAAUUUAGCGUUAAUUCACGAGGAGAAGCCUUGUUCUGUGUUUCAGAACCCAUUCUUAUACAGUACAAAUCGCAAAAGAGCAUUGAAUUACGUGUUGGAACAACUUUCUUCUUCCGGCACAUGGACCUCGUCCCAUUGUUUCGUUUUCGGAGACUUCAAUUUUCGUCUUGAUUCGACGUCAUUUCUGAACGUGCGUGGUUUUAUUAACUCUUUCGUUAAGGUGGAUAUCCUCAGCGUGUCUUGGAUUUCCUUCUUGCUACCAAUUCAGCCUACUGAGACGGGUCGGGUGGCUCUUAUAUGUAUCAUGUUUAACAUACUUUUCUUCACUUUUCCACUUCUUGUGAUGCGCGUUUUUGGUUCGUCCUUAAUCAGUAAUGUCUUACAGCGCCUGACGGAAAGAGCUUCGGCUCAUCCACUAGAGGAACCACAUGGAUCGGUUGCAGAUGGUCUUGUAUGCGAGAAUAACACAACCACGACGGAAACAUUGCGACGAACUGUGUCAGCCAUAGAGUUUCGACGCCCAUCGUUAAGCGAUAUCAGAGCGGGAUGCGUCCUUCGGAUUGAAAAGAAGAGAUUUGACUAUUUUAAUCAGAAGAAAUUACUAGAUGACUGGAAGUCAUACCUUGAAGACGAUCGAGAACCCAGCAAGUUCUCUCAGUUGCACGAACUCCCAAUCAAUUUUCCCCCAACGUUCAAUCAUGAUCGUUGUUUGUCCAAUUCAAAUUACUUAGAAACGCUCUCACUUUGCAGUUACCCUUGGAGUGAGGAUCCAGAUGAAUCAGAAGUGAUGAUGAAAACAAGAGCUCCUGCUUGGUGCGAUCGUGUGCUGAUGAACGACAGUGCCUUUGAGCUCGUGAAGAAAGGGAGUCCAACCUAUUCAUCCUUUGGAAGGGAUGUUUGCACGGGAGAUCAUAAGGUAGGGUUAUCGAUAUUGGUUACGAUUUGCAAUUUGCAAGUUUCUACUUCAAUGAAAUAUCUUUCAGCCUGUCGCCCUAGCUUUUUCGCUCACUCCGUGAGUUCUGCACGAUUAGUUUUUAUUCACGAUUAGAU